CGUGACUCCAGCGGACGCUCUUCACAGCUCUCUGUUCCCAUAAAGUCAUCGACUGCAUGUUCAGUGAUUUUUUUUUUUUUUCAUAUCUAUUUAUUAAAGAAAGUUUAUUUCGUCUGGACAUGUGACCUCGAAAAGGCCAUUUUUGUGGUAGUUUGUGGGUAAAUUCGCCGGAUGCGUUGGACAAGUGCCAUAUGUUCUGUAGAUACCAUAAUCCCAGUUUGUUGAUGGAGAGGAUUUCGAAUGACAGCCGGCACAGUGGUCAUCACAGGUGGAAUUUUAGCUGCAGUCAUCUUGCUAACUAUUGUCUCAGUUUUGUGUUACUGUAGGCUGCAGUAUUACUGCUGUAGAAGAGAAGAGUCGGAGGAGGGGGAGGACGAGGCUGACGUCGCCAAGUCAUCGCCAAGUCCACCGCGCCAACCGAGUCCACCCGAGAGUCCACUGAGCCUUCGACAUUUCCCCCAAUACGCAUCGUCCAAUCAGCUGCUAAUGACUGCAGAGCCUUUUGAGCCCAAUGGGCCAGUCAGCUUUCCUCAGUACACCCCGCGCAUGCCCUACAAGCCGCCACGCUCGUACACUUUCUGCCCCUCCUGCUCGGGGUAUCUGCCGCUGUACGUGAGCCCACAGGAGGGUCUGCACAAUGGAGGUGGCAGGGUCAGCUACAGGACUCUACAGCAGGAGGAAUUAGACCUGCCAAUGGAUACGCCCAGCUUCCACAAACUCAACCUCAUCCGCUCGGUCACCAUGCAGGAAGUGCUGACUCAUCACAGCAUCAGCACGGAUGUGUAGCACCUCGUAUUCACCUCAAAUAUCGCGUGGUUCACAUUUGUUAUGCUGCUUUCUGUACCCAUUUUAUUUCAUUAGAUCCAAUACAUCUACUCAUUUAUUUAUCAGGAUAGUCAUGUGCACUGUAAAGAAAACAAAAAAUCUGUAGAAAAAACAAUAAUGUAAUUAUUGUUAAGUUUCUGACAUUUCCUUUAACUCCUAAAAAAAAAGGAAGGUUCUAUAUAGAACCUUAAAUGGUUCUGUUAGGCAGGAACCUUUUUGAUAUAACGGGUUCUUUAGCAUUGUCUCAAGAAUCCUAGGGAUACAGAACCCCACUGAACCUUUUUUCUUAAAGUGUAAAACACAAUACAAUGCAAUGCGUAAAUUCUGGUAAAACACCUGUGAAAAUUCCCUCCUAUUAACACGACAUUGUGUCUUAUUUUUACAGACUUUUCUUAGACUGUGUACUGUAAUAAAAGCAUUUGCUUUAUUAUUCAUACCUUCCACUCUUCAUAUGCAACUUCUUAAUAGGGCUUUUUAUUGGCAUGAGAACUGGAGAGUAAAUUUUUGAUAUCUUUGAUAUUGUUUCACAUUAAUUGUCAGAUAUUUACUGCUGUACUGAAUAUAUGAUCAAAAGAUUUAUGGUUGGUAUGAUUAAACUGAAAAUGAUGCGGAUGUACAAGUUGUGAAAUGAAAAUAGCACCUGCGGUCAGUUUUACAUGUAGGACAGUGAAUUUGUGUUUCUGUUUGUGUAAUCUAUUUAAUUGACUGAUUUUAUAACUGUCUGCAUUCUCAUCUUUGUGUGUAGUGCCACUCACUUUGUAUUGAUUUUGAUCUAAAAUAACUAUGAAGUCACCAGAAUAAUGAUCUGUUAUUGUGUUUUACCUUUUCGUUUGUUAAUAAAUGCAAAAUUUGUUCAUAU